AACCGGAGGUGAAAUUCACGGCUAUCACAGCUGUUUGGAUUUUCAUUCAGUGAACCACCAGCGAUCCGUGGACCAGACUAGUACUACCGCAGUACCGCAGUCUUUAGUAGUACUAAUAAUCGGUGGUAUAGUACCGGCGAACCACAAAUUUCAAACCGCGUGACAUUCGUCAAUCAGUGGCUGAUAUUUUCGAGUGACCUUUUGCCUUUUAGUGUUGUUGAACAUUUUGUAGUACCUUAAUCUUUCUUCAACUUCGAGAUGAAGUUGAUAGGGGCGUUGCUGCUGCUUUCGUUGAUCAUUAUCAGGUGCCACAGCGUCCAAAUGCCCAAAACCACAAUGACUCGAACAGAACUCAAAGUAUCUCGAAGCUUAGAUCCUAAAACCACUGAAACUUUAAACGUGGUAACCAAAGACGGAGGCGUGGCUCAACUUAUCAUCAAGCGAAGAGAUUCUAAAGCCAAGACCAGUAGCUAUCCAAACCCAGCUGAAAGUUAUAAAAUUAACUUUUAUAACGAUUAUAGCGACGAAAAACCAGUGUAUGACGAGCUGAGGAAUCCUAAGGUGAUCGAAAAUAAGGGUGUGGUUGCCAACUGGAUACCUAUUUCGUCUGUGUAUUAUCAGCCUGAAGUAGUUGCUAUGGACACUGCAAAAAUUUGGAAGAAUUUGACUAGCAGUAAACUUAUAUCCAUGGGGUCCCUAAAAAAUAUGUUCGUCAGUGACAGAAUACCCAACGUUCCGAGUCCAGUAGACAUCAGAUCUGAAGAAAUAUAUGUCAAACCAAACAAAGAUAAUAAACGAGGCAGGUCCAUACCCACCACAGUAGACCAAGACGGAAUCCCAGUGAUACAAGGUGUCCGUGUACCAGACGAUCCUAGCGACAAAAAGACCUGGAGAAAUGCUAGAGUCAUCAACAACAAAUUAGUACCAUAUGAAGAAGGCUAUAAACCACCAAGGGCUAUUGCUGUUGGCGAACUUAUCUAUCCAAACGCUGAAGAAAACGACAAGUCGGUAGAUAAGUCUAUUGGACCAUUCACCAAAGAAGACAAUUUCAAGCCUCCAGGUACCAUCAACAAGAACUCUUUUGGACCUUUUACUGUAAAAGACAAUGACGAUUUAGAUGAGUUGGAUAGAGAAAAGGCGAAAUCUUUUAUCAAGUUCAGUUCUAGUGAACAAGUAACAACUCCAAAAAUAAGUAAUGUAAGGGCAGUAGACAGUGAUCUUGUAGAGUACAUUAAACAGAUUAAUUCAAGAGAAUCGUUGAAGAAUUACUACAGUGGACAGUACAGAGCCAAAGAUAAUGGUGCAACACAGCAGUUCCAACGGAGGAUGUUACAAUACCCUGUAGAUAUAACCUAUCCCAACUCAGCUCUAUAUAGUCCGCAACCGACUAAACUUAGUCCGGUAAACUUCAACGAUGGAGUUAGAACUCCAGUACUUCAGUAUGCUCAUCCAGAACUAGGAGUCCAGCCAGCUAAACCAACCACCGAAGAUGACUACAAAGAGAUGUACAGUGAAAGAAAUACCCAGACGAACCAGCAGCCCUCCUAUGAUACGGGAAGACAUUCCCAAUAUUACAGCAAUCCCAAUAGUUUGGAGUAUCAUAGCCAUAGAAAAGAUGUCCUGAACUACCCCUACAAUACCUACUACAUCGAAACCAAAACCGAGCAACCUUUCUGGUUAAAGAUCACCGAAAGCAUCAGAGACAAAGUCCAUAACGGGUUCCAACAAAUGCAACAGCUUACCAAACCAGUUUUCGAUCCACUUGUUGAAGCUACCCACAAAAUCUCACAAAACUUGGGACUCUCCAACCAGAAUAGGUACGCGCAGGAUAAGGUAGGUGUGCUAGCUCCUGCUGGGGUUUCUGUGUUUCUACCAGCAUUGGGGUUAGUCGCCGGAGGUGCCGCUCUUGGUCUGGGAGCUGCUGCAGUAGGCCGAUAUUUCACUCCAAUAGAACUGCAGAGAUCUCAGUCCGAUGACGUCUACUAUUAUCUCAUGGAUGAUCCCCAAAAUGCCUCUGAAGACCACAAGCGAAUCAAAAGAGGUUUUCAAGACGAUUUAUAUCUUCAAGAACUAACAGCGAGACUAGAAAAGCAAGAACAUUUGCAAAGGUUAAGCUCUACAAACAUUUGGUCAGAUACUCCUUGUUCGAAGAAGGUAUUCUGCGAAGUGAUGCUUCAGCAGAACCCUGACGAGGUAAUCGUUAUGGAGAAGAAGAUGGAGCAGCUUAUUACGUCGUUACAUCCUGAAGUUGCUUUCCAAGCCUCUCAUCACCUCCAAGAAGUCAUGGAAGCCGUCAAACAGAGAAGCUGUAGCCAAUACGUCUGCAGAUUUCCAAUUCUAAUGUCGCCAAAAGCUGCUUGAACAUACUCCACGUACUAGGAUAUUAUUUAUUAUACAUUUAGGUGAAGUUCUGGCAUCGCUUUGAGGCGAUGUUGGAAAAAUUAAAGUAGUUUCUUGUGAAACUUUUUAAUUUUUGGAAUUUCAGAUAAGAAUUGGUGUAUUAACCAUGUGGGCUUUCCCGAGUAGUUGGAAACUGAUAGUUUGGGUUGGAUAGUACGAAUUUAUGAAACCUGCAUGGUUAAAUCCUCACCUUGUUUAGCUAACUGUUUUCUGCGAUUUUUAGAAAGAUACACUGGGUGAAGAAAUGAUCAAAGUCACCUGAUAAAAUGAAAUUUCUUGCAAUG